AUGUUGCAUCCACACACCGGGUUUUCCAACCAAACACCAAAUUCGAACUCUCGCGAAAUUGGUGGUCGAAUCAUUCACAGACCCAUUCCAGUCGGUGCCUUUUCAUCACGGCUCCCCGGUGGACUUCAAGCUUACAACAUGCCUCCUAAGGUUUCUGGCCAAAUCGACGGUACACCAAUUAGUCACUGGUUCCAUGGUAGUAUCAGCCGUGAAGACACUGAAUGCCUCUUAAAACAUAGUGGGGUUAACGGAACCUUCCUUAUUCGCUAUAGCACAUCAACACAAAAAUACGUACUAAGUGUCAUCAACAACCAUCAGUUAUAUCAUUACCCCAUCGAAGAGCUUCUUGAUGGAUUUUAUCAGGUCAAUGGGACGAAUGCCAAAUACUUGGGCAUCGACUUGCUCGUAUCAGAGUUCCGUCGCGCGAACAAUUGCAUUGUCUGCUCUCUUGGCAAGCCCAUUUUGGGGGCCAAACCACCUCCUCACAUAACUGUCUACGGUUCUACCAACGAACUUCACCAUGCAGUGAGGAAGGGGAAUCUCAAGGGUGUUCGCGAUCUUCUCAACCGUAUAACCUCGACGAAUGUCAGCAUGAACGAAUAUGUCAACGAGAAAUCCGCAGACAGUGGCGCCACGCCACUCAUUGAGGCCGCCAAAACUGGCUCGAACGACAUUGUUCGAUUGCUGUUGGAUCACGGGGCACAGGUGAAUCUGCGCGACUGCGGCGGGUUUACGGCGCUGCAUCGAGCCUGCCAAAAGUCCUUUGCGCAUGUAGCGGAGACUUUGCUGCGUCUGGGCCGAGCCAACCCCCAGAUCAAGUGUCCCUUCUCUGGCAACACCGCCCUCCACGAAGCCGCGAUGCUGGGUCACGCCGACUGCGUCAACUGCCUCCUUGAGUUUCACGCCGCCCCAUGGGCGCGCAACGCCGAGCUGGAGAUGCCCUUUGAACUUGCCCUCCGUUUUGGCUUUGCGGAGUUGGCCAAUGCGCUUGCUGGAUACCAGCCCGCACCUUCCUUAACCUCACAGUCGGACUGGUUCCAUCCCUCACUGUCGAAAGGAGAGACGGAGCGCGUGUUCGCCUCCAGCUCGGCGAUGCAGGAUGGCGCCUUUUUGGUGCGGCGCUCCUCCCAGUCGGAGCGCAAGUUCGUUCUCGUCCUCUACUACCAGCGCCAGAGCCUAAAGUACCAAAUUGAGGUGGUUGACUUCUCCUUCCACAUGGACACCAAGGAGGCUUACUUCAUUGAUAAGGGUCCAUUCCAUCUGUCACUGGAGCACUUCAUUGAGCACUAUAGUCGCUUCGCAGAUGGCAUUCCCACGCAUCUGCGCUAUGCCGUAUCUCCUACAGGCAGAGUGCUUAAUAUGGAGCGACUUCUCUCCUCCUCUGGCUCCUCUUCCUCCUCCUCCACACCCUCCUCCGGUCGCGAGUUGGUCAAAGUCGUCUCCGGUAAUGACCGCAAUUCCACCGGUGGCGAGGCCUGGGCUCUCGCUCCCGCUCCCUCUGGCCAUCGCGGCGCUCCUCUCGUAAUGCAGGGCCACGCCUUUGUCAGUGGACGUCCCAAAUCCCAGUCUGCUAGCAAGCGAAAUAGUAGUUCCAGCUCAGGCAUGUCGAGCAGUAGUGCAGUGGUGGUAGCAGGCGUAACAGGGUUACCCUCAGGACCCUCCUCGGCGCUCGGUCUUGGUGGGUCCGCCGGCCCCUCGGGCACUGAGUUGCGCCUCAUCCCUAGUGACGCAGUAAUCCUCCUCUACCGCCUCGGAGAGGGCGAAUUCGGUGAGGUGUACUGCGGCAAACUACAUCUUGAAAAUGGCACCACACAAGAUGUUGCUGUCAAGGUGUUGGUGCAGCCGUGCCAACGGUUGGACUUUCUCAAGGAGGCGAGCAUCAUGAUGCGCCUCUCGCACGAGAAUAUCAUCACAAUUUACGGGGUGUGCGAGAAUAAGCGCCUCAUGAUGAUCCUCGAAUUGGCCGAGUUGGGUAGCCUCCUGGACUUCAUGCUCGACUACCCCGAACGCUGCCAAUUGCCUGAGCUCUACAACUGGGCCAUGCAGGGUUAUCUCUAUUUUGAUCUCAACAAGACACGGUUAUUCUCUCCACUUUUCCUACCUUUGAUGUCCAUAGAUAACGUAAUCUAUUUUUCGACAUGUAUCAUUACUCUGGGUGGUGGAGAAGUAGUGAAUAACUCCUCUACCUUGUUUUCUGGUCAGAUUGCAAGCGGCAUGAGUUACCUCGAAUCCGCGGGAUUUGUGCAUCGUGAUUUGGCCUGUCGCAACGUCCUGCUCGCCUCCCAGUCCUGCGCCAAGAUCUCCGACUUUGGCCUCUCCCGCGCUGUGGGCGUGGAGUCGGACUACUACAAAGCCACUCAGCGUGGCAAGUGGCCGGUCAAGUGGUACGCCCCAGAGUCCAUUUAUUACAAGACCUUCAGCACAGCCAGCGAUGUGUGGUCCUUUGGCGUGUGUCUGUGGGAGAUGUUCUCGUUGGGUGAGCAUCCCUAUGCAGAGCAGGACAGCUUUGAGGUGUUGCGGCAAUUAGAGGAGGGGGUGCGGUUGCCGCGACCCCGACUGGCCAGUGACGAAGUCUACGGCGUGAUGCUCGACUGCUGGGCCUAUGCGCCCGAGGCUAGGCCAAAGUUUGCCCAUCUCCUGGCCAUAUUUCGGCACUUGGUCACUAAUGUGUACGAAAAUGUGGCUGCACCGUCGCAACAAACCACAGCCACCACCGCUGCUGCCGCUUCAUCGAAGACCAAUGGGGCAGCAGGAGGCGCGCAUAUGUAG